UCACCGCUGACUGCACCGUACAACAUCAGGCUAUCGACUUGCGCUCCAGCUUCCCUCCGGGCAGGAGCUUCCCUCGCGUCAACUACCCUCCUUUCCUUUCCUCCGAUCCUGCAAGUCUCCGGCAAAAUUCGCGUCCUUCAAUUCUGCAUCGAAGCAGCGGCGUUCGAGCUCCGAUUCCGUACAAAUCGCUUAGUACGAUGUCAAAGCCCUCCUCGCGAUUGCUCCAAGGCGUUCUGAGAUUGCAUCGCCACCACCACCAGCUCCACCUCCCGAAAUCGUCCCCCGCCGGCGCGCAUUCCUCCUCCCACUUCACCACCGCGGCCGUCGAUCCCGCCGCCGCCGCCGGCUCCUCGUCGCCCCCUCCUUCUUCUCUCCCCCGCCCGUUUCCUCUCUCCUAUCCGCCGAGCUUGGCCGCCGGCACCGCGCGAAAUUCGUGCCAGUCUAGAGCGUUCGGUAAUCUCGCCGCGUCCGAGGUGCUCCCUCCUAGGGCGGGCCAGGCUUCGUCGAAGAGCUUCUCGCCGGCGGGACUCGGUCCGUCGAGAUUGAAUUGCUAUGGGAUCAGGCAUUUCUCGUUCCAAAGCUCCGGGAAUGGGGGUUUCGCGAAGAAGGUUUUCGAGAAGCCGACAAUGUCGGUUCUUUCUACGUUUAGCAAAUAUCGGGAGGCCAUUGGGCUGCAAGUGGAGUCGUUCUUGAGGAGCAAUUACUUGGUCCUCGUGGGGGCUGCGGCCAUGUUGGUGUGCGCCUUGCUGUGGAGGAUCAUGUUUGGGAUUGCUAACACCUUCGUCGGGAUCUCUGAGGGGAUGGCAAAGUACGGGUUCCUCGCCCUUUCCUCCGCUAUUGUCGCCUUUGCUGGCCUGUAUGUCCGUGCAAGAUUUACAAUUAAUCCAGAUAGAAUUUAUAGAAUGGCCAUGAGGAAGCUGAAUACACAUGCUGGAAUUCUUGAGGUAAUGGGGGCCCCUCUUACUGGAUCAGAAUUAAGAGCUUACGUGAUGUCUGGCGGCAGUGUCACCUUCAAAAAGUUCAAACCCAGGCUCAGAAGCAAGCGGUGUUUUCUCAUAUUCCCUAUACGCGGUUCUGAAAGAAGGGGCCUAGUCAGCGUUGAAGUGAAAAAGAAAAAGGGCCAGUAUGAUUAUAAGUUGUUGGCCGUCGAUGUUCCGAUGUCAACAGGACCCGACCAGCGAUUAUAUCUGAUUGGCGACGAAGAAGAAUACAAGGUUGGUGGCGGUUUGAUAUCUCAACUGAGAGAUCCGGUUUUAAAAGCAAUGGCAGCAACCAAGGAAUUUGAUGAUCUUGAUGAAAUUGAGGAAGAGGAGGAUGCUGAAAGAGAGCUCCAGGAGGCAGAGAAGAAGCAUCACGAAGAAAUGGAGAAGCUUGAGAAGGCUGGCCGAGAGUGAUUGUUCAUAAAGACUUUCUGGGUGAUUUAUACAGUAGGAUCGCACAGGAGGCCUGAGGCAUUGUAGUCACCUUUCGUGUGUUUUCUGAUGAGGUCUUUCAUUUCUUUUGAGCGGGCAAAGCUAUCCGCCGGAAAUAAACAUCUUAUCAACGUUCUCGCUUGUCUCGUGAGGUAAUCAUUGGUUUGACCUACAUGGAUAGGGAGAACUGAGAUACUGUUUCUUGAAACUCAAUUUUCAAACUUUUGUUGUGAUUUUCGUCUGUCCGGUUUUCAGCUAUGAUUAGCCUGGUGAGUGAAUCACUCGUCAUUUGCA